UUCACGUGAAGUAUAUAGCUCAACCAACGUGAGGCAUACCGUGCACAUCAGUGGGCGUUGUACGUGUCGCCGUACCGUUCCACUUUUUACGGGCUUCAUGCCAGGCAAGGCGCCAAAGCGAAGUUCGAAGUUCAUGAGCUACGCACACAAGACUAGGCAAACAUGAUCAGGGCCAGGGUAGGCCUAUGUCAUGUACGUGUAUGUGUUGCCCACAUGCAACACGUACACACGUUCGUGUCCAUGGGGCUGAGGUGCGGAGGCAUUUGGAGAAGGUGUUUCGACCCUCAGAAGCUCAGAGUCAGAUUGAGAAAACAGCCAGUUUUGUCAAGAACCAUGGCAACCAACAGACAGGAGUAUGUUUUGGUUCCCCUUUCUGAGGCGGGGUCUUUUGUGGAGCGAUGCAUGGUAGCAGUUGGGACCAAACCUAGCCACGCUAAGGACCUUGCUACACUGCUGGUGUGUGCCGACUACCGAGGACAUUACAGCCAUGGGAUGAACCGUCUUGCAAUGUAUGUUGAGGAUAUCAAGAGUGGGACCAAUGCCAAGGACGGAGAACCAGUGAUUCUCAAUGAGCUGGCAGGCACUGCCUGGGUGGAUGGACAGAAUGUGCUAGGACCAGUGGUGGGGCGGUUCUGUACUGAUCUGGCCAUCAAGAAAGCAAAGGAAGCUGGGAUUGGAAUGGUGGUGGCCAAAGGUUCCAAUCAUUAUGGUAUUGCUGGCUGGUACACCAUGCGUUGUGCAGAUGCAGGCAUGCUGGGCAUGUCAUUUACUAACACUUCGCCCCUCGUCGUGCCCACCAGAGCACGAAAGCCUAUUUUAGGAACAAAUCCCUUGUCAUUGGCAGCACCAGCAGAAAAUGGAGACAGCUUUGUUCUUGACAUGGCAACAUCCACUGUAGCCUGGGGAAAGGUGGAACUUAACCACAUGAAAAAAGUGUCUAUUCCAAGUGGCUGGGGCACUGACUCCAAUGGAAAGGUUACAGAAAACCCGUCAGAAGUGCUGAAUGGCGGUGGCUUGAUGGCUCUGGGUGGACCGGAAAUCUUAGGAGGAUAUAAGGGCUAUGGAUUGAGCAUGGCUGUGGAGAUUCUUUGUGGAAUACUGGCUGGCUCGGCCUUUGGACCAUUUGUCAGGAAAUGGACCCAAAAAACCGAGGAAGCUAAUCUGGGCCAGUGUUUCAUUGUUAUUAACCCAGAGGUCUUUGCCCCUGGAUUCCAAGGUCGAAUGUCAACAUUCAUGAAUGAAUGCAGAACUACUGAACCAGCAGAGGGUGAAAAUGAGGUACUGGUGGCUGGUGAUCCUGAGAGAACUCACAUGCAAAAUGUAGAUCAGGAAGGCGGGGUCAAAUACCAUCGCAACCUUAUACAGUCAAUGGAAAGUUUGGCCAAGGAUCUGAACAUUGAGCCAAUGAAGCCCAAGGCAUAACCUACCUGAGAACUCACGUACAGCACCUGCCUUUUCAUCGAGUCACCACCUGUCAGACUCAGUACUGGUAUGCCAAGCUCUGAGACCAUAAUUUGAAAAUAUGAAAAAUGGUAGCAGAAGGGGGAUAACGGUGUUUGGAACACAAACACAUGCUGUGACAGGAUCUUACAAACAAGGAAAAAUAAUGCAGCCAAUGAAAAAAUUAAACAGAUUUUGUCACUUGAUAGUUGUACAUAAUUUACUGUAUUGGAUUACAUGUAUGCAGUCAUGUACAUAUACAUGUACGUAUACAUGUACGUAUCCACUGGUGAAGGCACAAGAAAGCAUGCAUGGACUGAUGCAAGUGCAUACACACUGUGGCAUACUAUAUGUGGCCAGUUUUUAUCUGAAUGGGCACAAGUGUUUCUUUGAAUGAGUUGAAAGCACAUGUCAAUCAGUCUUACUGUAUUUACCACCACAAAGAUAGGGUAAAUACUCAUUAUUAAGAUUGAUUGUAUAAUUAGGGUGGACGGGGGGGGUUGCUAAAAGGCAAAGCUUGUCAAGAAGUGGCCCCACAUUAAUCAAGUUAAAGUUACAUCAAGAGAUUACCAUGUGCACAUACAGCAUAAGACAAUAUAAAUUAAUAAAACAUGGACAUUCAUAUGACAAGUAAACCCGUUAUCUUUAUCUAUAAAUAAUUAUUUGACAAGUAAGUCUUAUAUUUAGAUUUAAAUACUGACUUACUGCCAAUACUUUUUAACGAUGAAUCUAAUGAACUCCAUAAUUUUGGUCCUUCAUGUCUUGUCGUGGUUGCAGCCAGUUAAGCGCGUGAUAAAACCCCGUGGAAAUCAUGUCAACUAUUUGCAGACAGACUUGGCUUGUUUCAGUGUUUCUUGGAGGACAGACUCCAUUCGGUGUGUAUAGGCCUAUUUACCAAUAACAACAUAAUUUGUUUAUACGUUCACUUUCCUGUGGAGUCAGUUGGGGCCUAUGGCCCACUUACCACCAAAGGAGAGCACACACAUGUAUGCCAAGUGUGGCAUCAUCAAUAAAGAGGUCUAUUGUUCUUUAAUUAUGUGCUUCAAGUUCCACCAUGUGAUGCAAGAUAUGGGGGCGGAGAGAACCCCCCCACCUUUGUUUGGUCAUUGUUUGAUCGGAAACUCAGGAAUUCUU